UUAUGUCAAAUUAAACAGCUGUAUCUUGUAAACUGUCAAACGCUGUCAUGCUAUUUAAUUGUUCAGGAGGAGAGGAGGAGCUUUGAAAUUAGAGGCUACGUGUCUCGAAAUAAUAAGUGCAUUAAAUUAUCUUACCUGAUAAUUAGAAGAGAUGAAAACAAAAAUCAUAAUGAAGAUUUAAAACGACAAGAAACUUUCUAACGACACAAUGUCUUCCAAAGACACUAUUAUUAAGAUUGAUGACUCAAGAAAUGGCAGAGAGAGUCAAAAAACAGAGAUUAAUAUACUUUGCCUCAAUCUAACGCCAUACAGCCAGCUAACACAGUUCCUUUGUUGUUGUAUAUUUGUAUUUAUAUGCUAUUUAGCCUAUGGAUUUUACCUUGAGCUCAUAUUUUCCGAGCCGCAGGUGAAGCCAGUGAGUUUGUAUAUAACUUUAGUACAAUUUAUUAUAACUAUGGUGCUCAGUUAUGUGGAAUCAUUGAUAAGGAAUCCCAUUAAGAGAAAAGUACCAUUAAAAGUAUAUGCUCUACUAGCAGCAUUGACACUUGGAACCAUGUCACUCUCAAAUUUAGCACUAAGUUACCUGAAUUACCCGACACAGCUGAUCUUCAAGAGCUGCAAGCUUAUACCGGUGAUGAUUGGCAGCAUCAUUAUACUAGGAAAGAGAUAUGGUUUCCUGGACUAUGUUGCAGCUGUGGUCAUGUGUAUAGGCCUUACAAUGUUUACUUUAGCGGACUCAAUGACAUCUCCAAACUUCGACGUAAUAGGAGUGAUUGUGAUAUCCCUAGCUCUCCUCUGCGACGCCAUCAUCGGCAACGUGCAAGAGAAAGCCAUGAAGCAAUUCCAGGCGUCCAACAAUGAAGUUGUUUUCUACUCCUAUGCCAUUGGCUGCGUUUAUUUAGUUGUAAUUACUGGGAGUACAGGAAUAUUGACUAAAGGAUAUGUUUAUUGCUCAGAGGUCAGCAGCCCGCUAACCAUGUACGUCAACAUAUUCCUCCUAAGCCUGAGCGGGUAUCUCGGGCUGCAGGCGGUGCUGACGUUGGUGCGGAUAAGUGGCGCCACGGUGGCGGUCACCGUCACCACUAUGCGGAAGGCGCUGUCUAUCAUCAUAUCGUUCGUGCUGUUCAGCAAGCCGUUCGUUUUCCAGUACGUAUGGUCCGGCAUGCUGGUCGCCCUGGCGAUAUACCUGAACCACUACAGCAAGAAGAACCCGGGCUAUGUGCCCGGUGUAGUUCUCGCUUGCUUGCAUUACACGCAGUCCUUCUACCAGUCAGAGUAUAGGUAUUUAAGGAUGAAGUCCAAAAUUUAUGCAGACACUGUAUAGGCUUUAUAUUUAUUUUAUAGGGUAUAGAAAAGUUAUGCCGCUGACUGCUAGCUACACACGCCUACAUAAGAUUUUAAAAAGUUGUCUCGAGUUAUAUAAGUAGAUAUUCAGAGAAUUCGAUUUAAUUUUACUACUCUGCAUCUGCACCUCUAUAGAUUUUAUUUUCAGAUUUUUUAACCCUUUGAACGCCAAGAGCCACUAAAGUGGUCGUGUGCUGUCGUGCCUACCACGCCAACGACCACUAAAAGGGUCAUGGCAGACGCUGUCAAAGCAAUAUUACUGUUGACAGAUAAGGUUUAAAUUCGUUUUUCACUAGUUGAAAUGUUGGCGUGUAUGCCACAUUUCGAUGCAAGAGAGAAUGAGUUCAAAAGGUUAAAUGCAUUUUAGGGGAUUAGGGGUCGUUACCUUACCGCACUUUGAAGGUUUGGACCCUCCAUACAAAAUGUAUUUUCGUUGUGGCACGAUGAGUCAGUGUGUAUUAAUGUGCAACUUAACAUAAAAUAACGCGGCUGAUUAUUUUAAAUUAAUUAAUUCGUAUUUUAGGGGUUUUAAGUAUUGAGAGGUGCGUCCAUACUUUCCGUUCAUAUAAAGUUAAAUAAAAAAUAUUAGCCAUGUUAUUUUAUGUUAAAUUGAGCAAAUAUAAUUUAAAAUACACAUUGAAUCGUCGUUCCCCAAUGAAAAAUCGAAAAAUAAAACAUCUUGUAUGGAGGGUCGAAAUAUUCAGUGUGGUAGCGAUCCCUAAUUUUUUUUCUAAAUUCUGAAAAAACCCUUGGUUUUUUAGUGGUAGAUAUUACAUUAAUCGGGUGCCGCGUAUUAAAAUAUAACUUCGGCGAAAUAAACCCUAGAGUAUUGACAAAUGAUCGCUAUUAAAUAAUCGUACUUGGAUAUGAUGACAACGCACUUUGAGAUUUGUUGCAGAAAUGAUCAGUCUUCUGAAGACAGAACUGAAGUUUUUAUUGGGGCUUAAUAAACCCUAAUGACUAAAAACUGAGUUAAGUGACGAUGGG